AUGACCGGGCGGGCCCUUGCCGAGACUUGGAAAUCGCUGUGGCCUGCCCUGCCCUACAGCCUGCUGUUGGGCUUUGGGUCGCGGUUUCUCACCUACGCCCUUUUCGAGGGCGCAUUCCUGUCGGCACGCGGAUACGUGAUUUCUACCGCCGUGCUGUGGUUCAUCAUGUUCAUCGCCUACCGGCUCAAUCGGGCACGGCUGAUGAUUCAGCAGUAUCCCUGGAUGUACGAACGCCGCUGGCUGUUUGCCUGGCGGGCGAAAACGCCGGGCGCAGCCUGA